AAAAAAAAUAGUAGUAGCGGCCGAAAUCUGCGCAGAGGCCAUCCAAGUUGGAGAGGUGUGUUCAGUCACUUCUUGUGGACUCGCGUUGGACGCAUCUUCACGUGGUGGGGCAAACCUUUAGCUGAUUGAAUGUCUCCGCGAGACGGUCGUUAGUGCGCACGUUGCGAUCGGGCGGUACGAUGCGUUUUUCGGGGCUGUUGGCUUUGGCCGCCGCGGUUAUUUCGGGUAGUUUGGCGCAGAGUGAUCCCGCCGGGGAACGCCGCUGUGCCGUUGGGGGAGUCUGUGUUCCGUUCUACCUGUGCAAGAACGGGCUCGUCAUCGAAGACGGGGAUGGGUUGAUCGAUAAACGGUUUGCGGACAAUGAAUGUCCGGAGGACUUUUUGUGCUGCAGGGAGAGGGAAUCCGAGUGUCGAGGACAGUGCGUUCCGUUCUACCAGUGUUCUAAUGCGGGCGCGAAGGACCUGCUGAAUUUGAGGAGCUUUGACGAUAAGUGUCCGGGAGAUCUGGUGUGCUGUAAUGAACCGCCUGUUGAAGCAACUCCGUGCACUUGUGUGGCAUUCUAUCAGUGCUUGGAUGAUGUGGUGAACAGUGGAGGGAAAGAUUUGAUCGACUUGAGAUUUUCCGAGGAAAAGUGUCCGGGAGAUGAAGUUUGCUGUGUAAAUCCAAGACCACAGGACAACACGAUCGUCGUGGAAAGCAGUUGCAAGGGGAAGUGCGUCCCGUACGCUCUCUGUCCGAACAAAACCAGUACCUCUGGCCUUGACCUGCGAACUUUCGAUGAUUGCCCAAACGAUCAAGUGUGUUGUGAAUCAUUGCCGGAUACCAGCUUAGAAGUUCCUAAAAUUUGCGAUGGCAAGUGCGUGCCGUUUUAUCAAUGCCCAGGGGGAGUUCCGAAUACCGGGGGACAACACUUGAUCAAUCUACGAAGUGAUGAGAAUACUUGUUUGGGAGAUCAAAUUUGCUGUUCUACGUCGAAUUCUUCACCGAAACCGGUAAUUUCAAAGCCAACAGUAACGGAGUCCAGCAGCUGUAAUGGAACGUGCGUCCCCUUCUAUCAGUGUCCCAAGGGUAAACCCAACACUGGAGGUCAAAACUUGUUGAACCUUCGAGGACUCGACGACUGUCCGAGCGAUCUGGUGUGCUGCGAAUCGUCAAGUGAUAUCCUUCCCAAAUGUGAAGGUCAAUGCGUUCCGUUCUAUCAGUGUCCUGCUGGAUCACCCAAUACAAGUGGGAAAGAUUUGCUAAAUCUGAGACGUGACGAAGGAGCUUGUCCUGGAGACUUGGUGUGCUGCAAGGAAUCUUCAAAAGUACCGGAGACCACUUGUAAAGGAUCGUGUGUUCCUUUCUAUCAAUGUCCGAGUGGGAAGUCCAACACUGGAGGCCAAGAUCUGUUGAAUCUAAGAAGCAUUGACGAUUGUCCAAACGAUAUGGUUUGCUGUGAAUUGAACAAUGAUACGAUCAGCGAGGCUCCACCAACUUGUGAAGGACAUUGCGUUCCAUUCUACCAAUGUCCUGCGGGAUCUCCAAAUACUGGUGGUCAAGAUUUGCUAAAUCCUAAAAGUGAUCGCGGCACUUGUCCCGGAGAUUUGGUUUGCUGUAAGAAGUCUGAAGAAGUAACAACCGCUCCAACCAGGGCCGUAGCCAGGAUUUUUGUUCGGGGGGGGCUUGGGUGCAAAAAUUCAAGGAGUAUAAAAAUCAGCAAAUCAUUUAUACCAUCACUUGGUUUGCAAUCAAUUCUUGAUUCUCUAUCUUACAAUUUUUUUCUGGGAAGAGAACACACAAUCAUUGAUUUGAGAUUUUUUAAGGUAGUACAAUUUAAAAAAAAAUGGAAAAAUUUCGGGGGGGGCUGCAGCCCGGUAGCCCCCCCCCUGGCUACGGGCCUGGCUCCAACUCCAAACAGCUGCAGAGGUUCUUGUGUUCCAUUCUAUCAGUGUCCCCAAGGUCAGCAGAAUACUGGAGGUAAAGGUCUGUUGAACCUGCGAAGCUCUGACGACUGUCCAAACGAUCUUGUGUGCUGUGAAAUUCCGUCUACUCAAGUAUCAACUGAAGCUCCAACAAUUUGCGAAGGGAAGUGCGUUCCAUUUUAUCAAUGUCCCUCGGGAACUCCUAACAAAGAUGGUCAGAACAUCCUGAACUUGAGAGGCUACGACGAUUCCUGUCCUGGAGAUCAAGUUUGCUGCAAGGAGCCUGUUCAAACUCCGAAAUCGAGUUGUAAAGGAUCAUGCGUACCGUUCUAUCAAUGUCCCUCAGGAAAGAUCAACUCAGGGGGUAAAGACCUUCUGAACCUUCGAAGCUUCGACGAUUGUCCAAACGAUUUGGUCUGCUGUGAAGCUGCUACAACCGGAGUAUCCACUGAGCCUCCAAGUGUUUGUGAAGGACAAUGCGUUCCCUUCUACCAAUGUCCGGCGGGAUCCCCAAAUACUGGUGGUAAGGAUUUGCUAAAUCUGAGAAGUGAUCGCGGCACUUGUCCCGGAGAUUUGGUUUGCUGUAAAAAGUCUGAAGAAGUAACAACCGCUCCAACUCCAAACAGCUGCAAAGGUUCUUGUGUACCAUUCUAUCAGUGUCCCCAAGGUCAGCAGAAUACUGGAGGUAAAGGUCUGUUGAACCUGCGAAGCUUUGACGACUGUCCAAACGAUCUUGUGUGCUGUGAAAUUCCGUCUACUCAAGUAUCAACUGAAGCUCCAACAAUUUGCGAAGGGAAGUGCGUUCCAUUUUAUCAAUGUCCCUCGGGAACUCCUAACAAAGAUGGUCAGAACAUCCUGAACUUGAGAGGCUACGACGAUUCCUGUCCUGGAGAUCAAGUUUGCUGCAAGGAGCCUGUUCAAACUCCGAAAUCGAGUUGUAAAGGAUCAUGCGUACCGUUUUAUCAGUGUCCCUCAGGGAAGAUCAACUCAGGAGGUAAAGAUCUGCUGAAUCUACGAAGCUUAGACGAUUGUCCAAAUGAUCUUGUGUGCUGUGAAACUUCUCCAACCGAAGUAUCCACUGAACCCCCAAGUGUUUGUGAUGGAAAGUGCGUUCCGUUUUAUCAAUGUCCAUCAGGAACUCCUAACAAAGAUGGUCAGAACAUCCUGAACUUGAGAGGCUAUGAUGAUUCCUGUCCUGCAGAUCAGGUUUGCUGCAAGGAACCUGCUCAGUCUCCAAAAUCGAGUUGUAAAGGAUCUUGCGUACCGUUUUACCAAUGUCCCUCAGGAAAGAUCAACUCAGGAGGCAAAGAUUUGCUGAAUCUCCGAAGCUUUGACGACUGUCCCAACGAUCUUGUUUGUUGUGAAACUGCUCCGGUUGAACGCAAGGUAUGCCAAGGACAGUGCGUACCAUCGUUCCAGUGUAUGUCUUCGACCAGUGGAGCUGAGGACUUGCUAGACUUGAGAAUAUCCAACGACGCGUGCCCUAAAGAUCGUGUGUGCUGCGAGAAGACCGAAAUCAUUCAUAUGAACCCCCAAAGAGCCAUGUGGAUGCAGUGGAUCAACGACAUCAACGGAAUGCAGGUCAUCGGGAGUCGACCCGUAAAGCAUAGCGAGUGCUCUCUUCAAGUCGACCUCAACGGACAGUUUGCUGAACAGCGUGAAGUCCCUUGGUUGGUGACCGUUUGGAGUAAAGUGCAAUACUUGGGACAAACUCGGGACGAUUACCACUGCGUGGGCACGGUUAUACGCUCCGACGUGGUCCUAGUUCCAGCGGAUUGUGUAGCCAGCCUUCCGGCGUCACAGCUGUACGUCAGAUCUGGAAAUUACAACUUGAAGGCGACUGACGGUGUAACAGAGCUAAAAGUCAAGAUCAUCAACAUUCAUCCAGACUACGACUUCACAACCGGCCAAGCCAAUAUCGCGCUUCUCUCGCUUCAAUCUACGGUCGCAGCUCCUUCAACGGCAUGUCUGGCAAAUCACAAUCAACGUACAAAUGAGCAAAACUGCCUGCUCGUUGGUUGGACCAGCUUGGAUCUUAUUGGCAGUGAUGCAGCGUUGCCUCGAAAGCAUCGCUUGAACUUGAAACCAGCAUCAAGCUGUAGAUCUGAUUCGUUAUGCAUCGCUGGAAAUACCCAACCUAGCCAAAAUUGUGUCAGCUUCCACGGUUCACCGUUGGUGUGUCCGGAUGUAACUGGACAGCAGUGGAGGGUUGUCGGCUUAGUCACCAGAUCUAGUGCGAGAUGUGAUUCGAACGCAGUACCUGAAACCUUGAUCAAGGUUAGCUCGCUACAGCCCUGGAUCAGCGAACAACUUUCGCCAAGUUUCGUCAACAAACCGGCUACCCCUGAACCUUCAAGACAAUAUCUUCCAGGGGUUUAAAUGUAUAGUUAAAUUUCGUAGAAGUGUAGCCAUAAGAUGUUCAUAUAAAUAGACAAACAAUAACCAAAACAUA